GAUACCGACUAUGGAUGGUAUCAUCUGUUCACGAUGGACAACAGCAACUGGGAAUCGGCCGAUGUCGGCACGGAAGUGCAAUGCUGGUUCAAGGGCUUUGAAUCCGAGCACGAUAACAAGAAAGAAGACCGUUGGUGGAAGUAUCGCAGGAGUUGCAUCACGCAUUCUGGCGAACAAAUCACGAAGGGGAACGUUCCCGACCAAAACUACUUUCAGAUGAACGAUUGGGAUAAGGAUUUCAGCUGGACUGCUGGUCAGGGUCGAACAAUCUACGGGAUGAACUCACGCCACUGGAACACCAAAGAAGAUCGUCUUUAUCAAGUGAAAACCGUUCAAAUGAUUCCCGAGUUCGAGUACACGGGUGGGUGUUCGACGACUGCCGAAGUGAACAACUAUGACGGACGUCUUUUCUACACCUGCCCCCAGUCUUUUCAGUUUAUCGCUGGCAUGUCUUCAGUUAACAGCAACAGCAAUGAAGAUCGGCGCUGGAAGUACACCUGCUGCAAGAUGGCAGCCAAGUCGUGUGGUUUCCCUGCAUCAUUCACGUCUGGCUCGUGGAACUGCAACCGACAGACAGUUGGUGGCGUUUGCAGUCAUUCGUGUGCCACCGGCACUCGCUCAACAUCCGCUUCAGGCACUGUUACGUGCCAAUCAAACAAGUAUUGGACUGGCCGCAACUUCCAAUGCAACACGAUCAACUGUGGCAAUCCAAGCAAUCCGACGAAUGGGCAGUUUAAUUGCGGUAGCACGACUUAUCAGGGAACUUGCUCAAUGAGCUGCAACAAUGGAUAUCAGCUGUCUGCCACCGCAACCAUCACUUGCUCAGACUACACUAGCUCUUUCGGUUGGUCCUCUUACUCGAGCUCUUGUAAUACUAUCACAAACUACUGCCCCGCCCCGCCAACCUCAAUCACUCUCGGCAGCGUGAGCUGCCAGCCGACCACUCGCAGCAUCGGAACAGUGUGCACCUACUCUUGCGAUUCGGGCUAUGUCGUGGACGGCACAUCGCAGCGUGUUGUUCCUGUCACUUGCCUGUCCAGCACUGCUUCUGUCGGCGUGUGGUCGCGCGGGACACCCACAUGCGUUCUGUAUGCGGAACAUUGUCCGCACACUAUGGCAGCGCCAACCAAUGGAGCUGUCAACUGUGAUGGAUACUCGCUUGGUGGUAUCUGCACCAUUUCUUGCAACGCUGGCUUCCGUCUCCGUGGUUACGCGCCACUUGCUACUGUCGAUUCGGUGUGCAAAGCGGAUACCACCUGGUCACGUCCCGAGACGUUCUACUGCGACCCGAUCGCCUGCCCCGCGCUUUCUCUUGGUAAUGGUGGACUGAACUGCGUUGGAGGAACGACUGCUUACAACUCGCAGUGCACCCCGUACUGCAACGCUGGCUUCACACUGGAGGGUGACUACACUGGCGCAGUGCGCUGCAACGCCUCGCAGCUGUGGAACGCAACCCUCUCUGCGCACUGCCAGAUUGUGUCGUGCGACCCUCUGACUCUCGAAAACGGUGCCAUCGACUGUACCAAUGGCAACACAAACUACCUCUCGGAAUGCACACCGAGCUGCAAUGCAGGCUACACCCUUGGCGGAGCCAACACAAAUCCUGUGACGUGUCAGGCGUCGCGCGAGUGGAGCGCAACGCUGCAAGCAGAAUGCACGAUUGUAUCGUGCGAUCCUCUGACGCUUGAAAACGGUGCUGUUCUGUGCACCAACGACAACACAAACUACGGAUCCGAGUGCAUCCCGAGCUGCAACCCCGGCUACUCGCUUGGAGGAGACUACGCCGAUGUUGUCGAGUGCCUGGCGACACGAGAGUGGGACCGCCCGAUGGACGCCUCGUGCACCAUUGUUGCUUGCGACGUUCUGACGCUUCCGCACGGCACCGUGAACUGCACGAACAACUCGACCGACUUUGGCUCCGAAUGCACCGUGUCUUGCGCCAAAGGCUAUCGACUGACCGGGAACUACACCGACGGCUUUGCUUGUACUGCAAGCCGAACCUGGAACGCCACUUUGCUCGCGCAUUGUGAGUUCAUCGAACCUCCGUCGUCCGGCUCCGCUACCGUCACAGCGAUCGGGGCUGGUGCCGGUGCAGGAUUCUUCCUGCUCCUUCUCCUUUUGCUGCUCUUGCUCGUGCUUGCACGUCGUCGUCGCGCCAAGAAGCAGAAACCUGUUUAUGAGACAAACUCGAGUGUGUUCCUGGUUCCCGGAAUUCUGCGCCAACCGAGCACGACCUCAUCUAAUUUCACUACGACCGUUGUGAACGAGGCGUUCAGCGCCGACUACGACACUCUCCAGAGGAAAGAAGACACGUACGCGACGCUUGGCGGCGGAGGUUCAGAAGAGUUGUACGACAGUCUUGGUGCACCUGCCUACGGAAAUUCCCAAGCCUUGUAUGGAAACUCUGGCAUGCCUACCGAUGACGAUUCAGCAUAUGCGUCGCCUGCCGCUCGGAUUGCGGACACAAGCGCUUUGCCCCCUCAGUACGAAAGCUCUGCGGUGCAGAAGGCGAUUGAGGCCGGGUAUGAACCUCACACUGCCGCUUCCGCAAUCUCCAGUGAGGAGGUGGCCUACAAAACUCCCGUGUUUGCAACCCCUGCCUCUGAGGCCCAGCCCGACUCGUACGUGACCUUGGACGAGGAGUCCCCGUAA